AUGGACGCGUCCGCUUCUUCGCAUGCCGACGAAAUGCUCGCGCUGACGCUGGGCGACGUCUACGAGUCGGAGCAGCGUCCACAUUCCAAGGAGCGCACGUCAGUCACGUCGACAGCGUUCGAGUCCUUCGCUUCGCACGACCACACGGAGCACACGGGCGCUCUGUCGAUGCCACUGACACUGGCCGCGUCGCCUACGAUCCUACCGCUGCCGUCGUCGCUUUCGUUGACCGCUGCAAAUACCGUCUCGGACAGCCGUACCCCUCUGUUACGCUACAUGGUGCUCGACCGGCAGGGCGUGACCGUGAGCGAGCAGUACUUCCAGACCGAUACCGGUGUUGCCGGCGAGUUUACCGCCGAGAUGCAGAAAGCGACGGACGAAUACCGGUGUUUGACCGACGCCAUCAACUUGACGGAACCGAGUGAUACCGGUCCACUUACCAGUCGCUACGUCGCCGCUGCCCACGUCGACGUGGUGUCAACCAUUGAAGCAGCUUCGACAGGGAUCUGUCCAACCCGUAAGCGGAAACAAGGGGCGAAUGUCAGCAUUGACCUACAGACGAAGAUCCGCAUCAUUGAAGUGGCCGAGCAGUACCAAUACGACCCCAAGAGCUCAGGGCGCAGCAAACACCAGCACGAAAGUGGUACCGUCGCGGGUCUCAAUACCGGUAAAGACUGCGUGAACGGCAUUCGAUUGGCCGAGCAGUUUGGGCUGAACAAGAGCACUGUGAGUCGCAUAUUGAAGCGCAAAGAGGAGUUCAAAAAGGCCUAUUACAAGGACAAAAUCUCGGGCUGUUCCAAGCACAUUAACAAAAAGUCGAAAUUUGAUAAGCUCAAUCGCCUGGUGGAGAACUGGUUUGACGUACACCGAGCCAAAAACGCGCCGAUUUCGGACACUUUGAUCCGCGACGUGGGUAAGCGUUUUGCGAAAGAGUUGGGGAUCAAAGACUUUCGUGGGUCGAAUGGAUGGGUACGCAGUCUGCGGAACCGCAAGGAACACGUCGCACGCAGUAGUGGAAAGAUUGGCGAAGAGGAAGCGGAGCAACGGAAAAAAGACUGCGAAGCGAUUGAGCGCAUGCGCACGAUUUUUCCGAAUGGUGUGAAGGACAUGGCUGGCUUUUUCAAGGACUUUUCGACCUACUUGGAGAAAGAUGGCGCUGGUAUGGGCGGCUUUUGUGCCAGCGGUGCUGCUGCACGUAGCAGCACUGACUGCAGUGCAAGAGACUCUGCAGCAGCGCUGACUGGCGCGUCGUAUUCAGUAAUGGACGAUGCCAAUCCACGCGACGACGAUGGAUCGGUUGCGGAAGAGUUUCUGAAAAAGAGAAUGAUCGAGUCGCUUCGCAUAUGGUCGCAAGAGCUGAUGACGUCUGAGCUGGCCAAGCUCAAAAAGCGCAUGAAUCCGCGGCACGCGACGAUCUUGUAG